AUUUCCAUAAUCCUUUUUUUUUUUACAGCUAGACUUUGGGCUCCUGGAGGAUAUUCCAUUUUGUACUUUGGAGUAUCCCCUUCAUGUCCAGCAUGCAGUAACUUUCUUAAUGAUUAGCCUCAGCAGGACAGGUGCGAGAGGACUGCUGUCGAGUCACAAUCAUGGUGCAGAAGUACCAGUCGCCGGUGAGGGUGUACAAGCACCCCUUUGAGUUAAUUAUGGCUGCCUACGAAAGGAGGUUUCCUACGUGUCCCUUGAUUCCGAUGUUUGUGGACAGCGACACCGUGAACGAGUUCAAGAGCGAGGACGGGGCCAUUCACGUUAUAGAAAGGCGCUGUAAGCUGGACGUCGACGCGCCCCGGCUGCUGAAGAAGAUCGCAGGAGUCGAUUAUGUCUAUUUUGUCCAGAAGAACUCCUUGAAUUCCCGGGACCGCACCUUGCACAUCGAGGCCCAUAACGAGACGUUCUCUAACCGGGUCAUCAUCCGCGAGCACUGCUGCUACACCGUGAGUGGCCCCUCGGUGGGGCGUGGGGGGACACGGGCCUGGGCCGUGGCCGUCGCUCUGAGCAGCACACUGCCUCGUCCUCACAGACGCGGUCACUCACGCUGGGGUGCGGGCGGCGGGCAGUGGGACGGGCCGCACGCUUGCGCCCGUUCAGGUGACCUGGUGACGCCUCGAUGUGUUUGGAGAUGCUCCCUUGCUGUGUCCCGUCCUUGCCGGCUCCACUCUGACCCUUCGGGAGGGACCCGGGGUAACAGUGGUCCUCCGUGCGCUGGAAAUAGAGCGCUGCCGGGAAGCCUUGCACGCCCCGGAAAGGGGACAAAGCACAGCAGCCACCGUGAGCUUAUACGGAAGCAUCCCGUCGCAGGCCCUAGUGACCACGGCGGGCGGAGGUCGGCGUGGGCAGGCCCCUUGCAGGCCCAGCCUCCCUCCACCGAGUGGCGCCAGGGACCAGCGGGACUGCCCAGCGACGUGCCCCCACUGGCGAAGCCGGAUCAGGCAGCUCUCCUGCAGCGGGGUCAGGUCACCCAGGCGGCACAGCGCAGCAGCUACGAGCAGCCCGAGGCCCCCACUCCUGGCCGGGCGACCCCGCAGGUCCCUCGGUUCCUCCGGGCCUCGGGCAACGCAGGGACCCUGCGGACUCCGGGGUCGGCUGUGGCCCGGAGACCCGCACCCCGGGGCGCCCGCCGAGCCUGGGAGGCUCCCCCGGGGCUCUGCCCGUUAGACCUUCGCGUGAACACGCUGCUUGACUCCCUUCCCUCCGCAGAUGGGCGGCCGCUCUACGUGCUCCGGCUGGGGCAGAUGGACACCAAGGGCCUGGUGCGCGCCCUCGGGGAGGAGGCCCUGCUGCGCUACGUUCUCUCCAUAAACGAAGAAGGGCUCAGACGGUGCGAAGAAAACACAAAAGUCUUCGGUCGGCCCAUCAGUUCGUGGACCUGCCUGGUGGACCUGGAGGGGCUGAACAUGCGGCACCUGUGGAGACCGGGCGUCAAGGCCCUGCUGCGCAUCAUCGAGGUGGUGGAGGCCAACUACCCCGAGACGCUCGGCCGCCUGCUCAUCCUCCGCGCCCCCCGGGUGUUCCCCGUCCUCUGGACUCUGGUGAGCCCGUUCAUCGACGACAACACCAGAAGGAAGUUCCUGAUCUACGCGGGGAACGACUACCAGGGCCCCGGCGGGCUGCUGGGCUACAUCGACAAAGAGAUCAUCCCCGACUUCCUGAGCGGGGAGUGCAUGUGUGAAGUCCCCGAGGGCGGACUGGUCCCCAAGUCGCUGUACAGGACGGCGGAGGAGCUGGAGAGCGAGGACCUCAAGCUGUGCACCGAGGCCAUCUACCAGUCCGCCAGCGUCUUCAAGGGAGCCCCGCACGAGAUCCUCGUGCAGAUCGUGGACGCCUCGUCAGUGAUCACCUGGGACUUUGACGUGUGCAAAGGGGACAUCGUCUUCAACAUCUACCACUCCAAGAGGUCGCCCCAGCCUCCCAAAAAGGACUCCCUGGGGGCGCACAGCAUCACUUCCCCAGGCGGGAACAACGUGCAGCUGAUAGACAGGCUGUGGCAGCUGGGCCGGGACUACAGCCUGGUGGAGUCGCCGCUGAUCUGCAAGGAAGGGGAGAGCGUGCAGGUGGGCCUGGCCGCCGCCCGCACCUGCUCCGGGAGGCGGGUCUCCGGCCUCGCUGACGUGGCUCCCCCCCGCCCACCCCCAGGCUGGUUUGUCUGCGGGCGAGCCCAGGGGUGGGUCCGGCUCCAGUCCGGGUCAGAACACGACUCCGGAAGCCAAGUGAGACUCGGAGGAAAAAGAACUCAGACUGGGCGACGGCUCUGGGCUGGGUCCGUGACUCGUAUCUGAAGCGCCUGAGUGACUGGGAGGAAGGGGGAGGAGGAGGGCCACCCUGAAUCAGCGCGGGGGAGACUCUCCCGGACUGUUGACUGUCCUCGCCAUCGCGGAGCAUUCUGGCUCAUUCACAGAUGCUCUGUCGGUUAUGUGCUGAGUCGUGGCCACUUAGUUUGAGCGCUUGUUCUGAGAACAGGUCCUGCGUGCUUCCGGCCGGCCUGACAGGUGUACCUUGGCUGCCUUUACAGUCUUCAGGGAAAAGCCUGCCUGUUUGCUGGGCGGAGGCGUAGAAUAAAAGAGAGGGUUUUGCUCAGCUUUGGAAGCAACGGACGGUGUCAGGUUCAGCCCAGAAUUAACGGAGGCCGUUGUUGACGCCUACUUUACGUUGAUGUCCUUUUAGUGCUUAUUUAUCUUUGAGAGAGACAGAGACAGAGCACGAGCAGGGGAGGGGCAUAGAGAGAGGGAGACAC